CAGCCACCGGGUGGCCAGCCCAGUCCUAACCCAGUUGCCGCAGACGAUGGCACAGACGCGGGCCAGGGACCUGCCACCGGCGUGACAGCCAACGUCAUCGCCCGCGUGACUCCCACCUUCCGCUUCCCGGGACUGGCCGAUUACGCCUUCGUUUUCCAUGACCCUAUGUUGCCGUCCCGCUCCCGCGACCUGCUGCCCUACGACCAGCGUCACGACCGCGCCGAGCCCACCAAGAUCAUGCAGCCCCUCUUGCUCAUUCCGCAGCUCUUUUCCUGGCUAGAUUUCCCGCAGGACUAUGCAUUUAAGCAAAUACAGUCCAAGCACCACCUGCGAGGUGUAGCCAGGUUGGACCCUAACUGGGGGGAUGCCCCGGUCAUCAGCUUCUACUCGGAGGGAGUCCCACCGGCAGUGGCCACAACCUCCACAGGCGUGGCAGCGGCGGCUGCGGCAGCUGCAGCGGCUUCAGCUGGGCCAGCGGCAACGGCUGCCGCUGCAGACGGCACGACCCCUGCCACCGCCCAGCCGGCGGAUACGGCGGCCGAUAAUGCCGGCGUGGCCGACGUGCGGGCGUACCGGGUGCUUGAGACGGAGGUGUCUCGCCUGCUGUCGCAGCGGCCCGUGUGGGGACUGGAAUUGAUGCGAGAGCGAUGUGCGGCCUGUGCGGCGGUGCAGACGGCGAUGCCCGGCGGCUGUGACGGUGCGGCGGUGGAGCGCGUGGUGCAGCGGCUGUGCUACCGGUUCAAGACAGGUCCUUGGCGCGGCCUGUUCAUUCGACGUGGCUAUGACCCACGGGUCGAUGUGGAGGCACGCAAGUACCAGGCCAUCAUCUACUCCCUACCCAAUAACUGGUACCGCAACCUGGUGAAGGCGGGAGUGCGGAACAGCAUGCAGAAGCCGACGGCGCCGCCGCUGGGGGAAGGAGCUCCUGGGGCAGCGGCUGACGGCGCGGCGGCCUCUGCCGCUUCCCCGACAGCUGCGGCGGCGGCGGCGGCGGCGGCCGGUAGCCCAGCUGGUGGCGGCAACAGCGGCGCCACUUCGCCAGUGGCGGCAGCGGCGACCGGGCUGUCUGCUCUGGCGCCCUCUUGCCAGGACGACCUACACAGCUUCCGCGCACUGCCCACUCAGCAGAGCACCACCUUCCAACUGAUUGACAUGCAACUGAAGGCAGUGCAGGAGGUCCUGGAGGAGGCGCCGCCUUCCUCUUGCGCGAGUCGCUGCAGCGAGAAGACCGGCUGGUUCAGCAACGCGGUGCUGCAGCGCAUGCAGGGGGCCAUACAGCAACGUUUCCUGCAACUCAUGGAUGAGCUGGCGCCGCCUGGGAUGAGCUCCACAGCGGCGGCGGCGGCAGCGACGGCAGGCGGGAAUGCGAACGGCAACGAGCCUGGCGGCGCCGCCGGCAGCGGCAGCGGGCCACAUAGCGGCGGGAGCGCGUCUGCAAGCCAAAAGUGUCCCUCCGCUGCUGAUGGCGGUACCGCUGGGGGCGACGGUGAUGUGGAGAUGAUGGAUGCUGACGGGACAACGGCGGCAGCAGGAGUAGCGACGGCAAGCGGGCGCGCCGAUGGCGACGGCGCUGGUGGCGCCGCCACUGCCGCUGCGGCGGAUGUCGCGCUCCGGGCCCUCAUGGCACAAAUGAAUCUGCGUGGGCUGUCCUCGCCGGAUACGGGCAAUGGCGAUCUUGAUGUGACAGGUUUAUUCGGUAGCGAUGAUGAGGACGACGAGUUCCAGCUAUUGGACGAGCAGGAAGAGCCUGGCGGUGCUAGCAGGCGUGGGGUGAGUGGUAGAGCAAGGGGCGACGGGAUGGCGACGUCGGCAGCAGCUGUCAUGCCCGAGGGCCGCGGUAAUGGCGGCAGCGCCGCCGCUGGUGGAAGUGGUGCCAUCGGCGGCAGCCGCCGCCCCGGCAGUGGCGCCGGCGCCGCCAGCCCGAAGGGAGAUGAGGAGGCGCUGGGCGAUGCCUCCGACGGAGAGGACAGCGCAAUGGAGUCCGAGUACGACAUUGGCAUGGCCGAAGAGGAAGAGGAGGAGGAGGAGAGUGAUGAGGAGGACGAAGGGGAAGGGGGGGAGGACGACCGUGGUGGCGACCUGGGUAUGCGGCUGGGUCGCCUGGCUGGCGGCAUGUACUCUUAUGACGCAUAUGGCAGGGUGACCGUGCCGUACGACGGCAGCGCGCCAAGCCGCGGCGGCACGGAAGGCAUGUUUGGUAGCGAGGAUGACGACGAGCCGUACUAG